CAAUAAAUUUUAAUUGGAUUUAAUCAAUUAAUGGCCACAGAAUUGCCAUUUAAUGAAAGAAUAGAUCACUAGACGACAUCAUGCGGUUGUAUAUAGCUUUAAUUGGUGCGUUGAUAAUAUGUCAAAAUAAAGCAGAAGAUAGCCCAAAUGUUAAGAACCAAGGAAAUGACAAUAAAAUCCCUGUGGAUGUUCAGAGCGAGCCUAAUGCUAAAGGGGAGGAAACUGAGGUUAACGCCACCCCUAUUACUCCUGGUACUACAUCUGGAAGUGGUUUGAAAUAUAUUAGCGUAAGCAUGGUAGACGUCGAAAACAUCACAGAGCAGGCAGUUGCACUUAAUGGUGGAGGUAUCCAAAAUAUUGCAGUUAACAAUCUGGUUGACGAAAACGAUACAGUAAAUGACGGGAAAUCACAGAUUAACUUGAAAGGAGGCAUAAUUGAUACUUCUACGGUUAAUAACGAUGAUGCGAAUGAAAAAGUCCAUAUUGAAAACGAUGUUGUUUUAACUGGUAACGGUGUAGCAGAUCCAGCGUUUGUAGCAGACGAUGUAGUUGAUAAAAAUGUAACUCAAAGCAAUGUACAAAAUGGAAACACAACAGUCAGAGGUAAUGCUCAAUUUGGAAAAGACAUUCAAGCCCGUGCAACGGAUGACACAGCAGAAAAAAGAAAUAAGAGUUUUCCUAUUAACAUUUACGUCGAUCACGUGAAUAAGAAAACUGGUUUUAUAACUCGUUUGAAGCAAACAGAAACAUCUACGGCAAGUGAUGUGUACAUAGCUAAAAAAAUUAAGGAGUUAAUCAAAAAGUCUAAGGAAAACGUGAAGGAUGCGUCAAAUACAACUGGGAAUAGUUCUCUCGCGCAAAAACCUAAGCCAACUAAAGUUGAUAAUUUGAGAAAUAAAUGA